AUGAUAAGAAAUAGAUUAAUUUUAUUAUGUCUCAUUAUUCUAAUAUUUAUUUUUAUUUGGAUAACUAUAACAUUGUUUUUUUUUAUAAUAAAUGAUAAUUAUGAAAAUACCAUAGAAUAUAAAAUGUUAAAGGAAAACGAUGAUACUUUUAACGGUCACAAAGUUCAAGUUGUUGUUGGCCAUUACAUUGGGUCACCAAUACCAAAAUCAAAAAUUAAUUAUACUUAUGAAGAAUUAAAUUCUAAUUCUUACAAUCCUCAAAAAGGAUAUGGUUCAAAUGGUUUAUCUGUUCAUUUAAAUAAAAAACAACAAUUAUUAGGAAAACAUUUAUUUGAAAUUAAUCAAUUUAAUUUAGUUGCAAGUGAUCUUAUAGCAGCAAAUCGAUCAUUACCGGAUCAAAGGAGAAGACAAUGUAGAAAAAUAAAGUAUGAUGAAAAUAAUCUACCCGAUACAUCUGUUAUUAUUGUAUAUCAUAAUGAAGCUUAUAGUACUUUAAUAAGAACUAUAACAAGUGUAAUAAAUAGAUCACCUUCAAAAUUACUAAAAGAAAUAAUUUUAGUUGAUGAUUUUAGUUCUAGAUUAUUUUUAAAAAAAGAGUUAGAAGAUUUUGUUAUUAAACAACCAAUUAAAAUUAAAAUUUUAAGAUCUAAAAAAAGAGUUGGUCUAAUAAAAGCACGAUUAAUGGGAGCUAAUGAAGCUACUGCAAAAGUUUUAACAUUUCUUGAUAGUCAUUGUGAAUGUACUAUUGGUUGGUUGGAACCACUUUUACAAAGAAUUAAAGAUGAUAGAAGAAAUGUUCCUUGUCCAGUUAUUGAUGUAAUUAACGAUGAAACAUUUUCUUAUCAAAAAGGAAUUGAUAUAUUUCGGGGUGGUUUUAAUUGGAAUCUCCAAUUUCGUUGGUAUUCAAUAUCUUCAAAAGAUGCUAAAGAAAGAAAAAAUUCAAUUGCUCCAAUACCAACACCAACAAUGGCUGGUGGAUUAUUUUCUAUUGAUAGAAACUAUUUUUUUGAAAUGGGGUCUUACGAUAUCAAUCUUGAUAUUUGGGGUGGUGAAAAUAUAGAAAUGAGUUUUAGGAUAUGGCAAUGUUUUGGAAGAAUUGAAAUUAUUCUUUGCUCAAGGGUAGGCCAUAUAUUUAGGAAAAAUUCUCCUCAUGAUUUUCCAGAAGGAAAAUCUUCAAAUGCUGUAAUUUUUGAAAAUUUGGCAAGAGUAGCUGAAGUUUGGAUGGAUGAUUGGAAACAUUUAUUUUAUAAAACGAAUAAAUUUGCAAAAAAUAUUAGUAAAAAAAUAGACAUAUCUGAUCGAGUAGAGUUAAGAAAACAAUUACGUUGUAGAAAUUUUGAAUGGUAUUUGAAAAAUAUUUGGCCAGAUCAUUUUCUACCAAUGAUUAUUCAUGGUGAAAGUUUAGAAUAUAGAAAAGAAUCUUGUUUACACUGGCAUACAGUUUCUAAAGGCUUUAGAAAACCAAAAAUGCAUAAUUGUUCAAUGAUAAAUUUUGAUUCUACUGAAAUGUGGUUAAUAAAUCAAAAAGGACAAAUUCGAAGUGAUGAAAAUGUUUGUUUAUCAGCAUCUCUAGUAACAGGUUCAGAUACUAUUUAUGAAUUGCAGAUAAAAGAAUGUAUGGAUUAUGAUAUUGAGUAUUGGAAGUUUGAUACAACUUAUAAUAAUUUUGUUCAUUUGAAAAGUAAAUUGUGCUUAGAUAAACCAUCGAAAAUUCAAUUUAACGCAAAUGCAAACGUUAUUCAAAGUUCAGAUGAAUUAAUUCCAAAAAUAAGUAAAUGUAACUAUCAAAAAGAUCAAGAAUGGAGUAUAAUUGAUUAUAGGUGGAAAGAUUAA